AUGAAGCUCUCCCUAGUGUUCGAGCUUCUGCUGAUAUUCGUGCUGCUCGCCUUCGCAGCUUCCAAGCACGUUGGUCAUAAAAAUAACAAGAAGAGUAUACAGAAAGCAACCGAUACUGGCAUCAAGAUAGAAGACAACAGUAUCAACAAGUACUGCAAAUGUACAGAGUCGCUGUGCAACUGCUGUAGAGACUUCGCUGUGCCAGUUGUCAAUUUAAACGGUCCAGGAUGCGCAUCGUUAAGGUACUUGAAUGGCGACAAAAUGGCAGUAUCAUUGAGCUUUGGCAAGAAAGUCAUCACUAACCGAACACUUUCAAGUCAAAAGCCAAGUCCUGUUUGCAUGCCUCUGCCAGGAGGCGUUUCAAAAUUCUGUGGACGAGUGUACAAUAUUGCGAGACAAGGAGAAGAGUUCAGAGCCUGCUUGGGAUUAGAACUACAAGCUAAAACCACCGUUGAAGCAGCUGUACGAGUUUCUUGCUUCAAAUUCGGACCAAGAGGUGUAACGUCGGAACCAGCAGAUCCGUUACCCUUGGUGCCGCAAGACGAAAAAGUGACGGAUGACGAUGACGAUGAUGAUGAUGAUGAAGACGACUUUGGUUUAGACACUGACGAUGACGAUGAUGAUCUUGAUGAUGAUGACGACGAUGACGAUGAUGAAGGUGAACUUGAAGGUGUUAACGACGUCGAAAGUGCAGAUUAUACCGGCUUUAGUCUCCUCGGUGACGAUAUACUAGGGGACUUGUUUGGAUCAUCAGGUGGCAAAAAGACUAAGAAAACUCAAAAAAUUAAAUCUGUUUCGACAACAACGACAACCACAACUCGAAGGCCACAAAGGCCAACCCGACGACCAUCGAGGAGACCUUAUAGGACUACGACCGUUCGAAGCACAACAGUUAGAGUUCGUCCAGGACAGGGAAACCGUAGACCAAUAAGGAAACCGACCCAGCAACCCAGUGCCCCUACUGUACCGGAUGUCCCGGCUGAAUCUGUAACUGUUGCAACUAUUUUCAAUGCAGUUUCUUCUGUAGCAGAAAGUAUGAAGCCACAGAUGACUGAUAUAACUGAUACUAAAGCUGAGAGCACAUCGAAUAUUCAAUCCCAUGUCAUGUCAGUAAUUCCUAUCACAGCUAAAAUUCCCGUCGCCGAACCGUCCACUACUCUUAAGGCUGAAACAACUUUCCACGACGAUGGAUUAGAGUCAUCACUGGCACAUAUCACUGGUCAAUUAUCUCUGUUUCCAGUCACACAAAUCAUUCCAACCGAUAUGAAAGAACCAACCGCAAAACCUACUGAACAAAUGACAUACGAAAAAGUUGAGACCAUCACACCGAAAACUCAUUCAUUGAUUCCUUUUGCAACAACUAUCGAGGACGAUAGCCCCGAAGAAAUGGUGCAAAUAGUGGAUACGCUCGAUUCUCAUUCUCAGGAACAUGAGGCAGAUAAAGAAAAUGUUGCAGAAGAGACAAAAGUUGAAGAGAAUGCUAGCAAUCACUAUGAGGGACUAACUUUGCCAAGAAAGAAGCAUAGAGGUUUUAAUUUAGCAGAUCUGGAUGUGCUCGAUUUAACACAGAUCGGUGAGAGUGUCGGUCAUCAACUGGGCAUAUUUGGAAGACACAAAAGGCAAAACAAAAAUAAGGAACCCAGGCCCCAGAACAUAAGAGGAGCAAACGAUUACGACGAUAUUCUUGGACUGGAAACCCUGAGUGACUCCCUAGGUCUUCCCGAUAUUGACGACAUUGCCAGAAAAGACAGACGAAGACAAAAUAAAAUGAUGCGCAGUUGGUCUCAGCCACAGUAA